CACUGCACCGCACCGCACCAUACCAUACCAUACCAUACCAUACCAAUCCAUACCACACCACACCACACAGCACUGCACUGCACCAUACCAUACCAUACCAUGCCAUACCAUACCAUACCGCACCGCACCAUACCAUGCCAUACCAUACUAUACCGCACCGCACUGCACCAUACCAUACCAUACCAUACCAUGCCAUACCAUACCAUACCAUGCCAUACCAUACCAUACCGCACCGCACCAUACCAUACUAUACCACACCGCACUGCACCAUACCAUACCAUACCGUACCAUACCAUACCAAUCCAUACCACACCUCACCGUACAGCACCACACCGCACCAUACCAUACCGCACCGCACCAUACCAUACAUCUAGCUUUUAUACUGACUUUGUGACUUUGAGGCUUUUACUGAUUACUGGUGGUUGUGUUGGAGCUUCAGCUGAACUCUGAUGAUUAAUAGUUUACACUAGGAGCUCAAGCCAGAGAGAGGAGGUAAGAUCUUCUGCAGCUGAAGGAGAUCAUGACGAAUUCAACACAGGUUUCAUAUUUUAUUCUGAGGUUUUCUUUGAAAAUACUUGUACUUUGUGAUACUUUUCAUUUUGUACGUUUUACUCCUUGGUUGUAACGUUCUGCUCAUCGUGGUCAUCUGUGUGAACAGGACUCUACAUGAACCCAUGUACAUGUUUCUGUGCAGCCUGUUUGUGAAUGAGCUGUAUGGAAGUGCAGGCUUGUUUCCCUUCCUGCUGAUUCAGACUCUCUCUGACCUUCACACCAUUUCUGCUCCUCUCUGUCUCCUGCAGGUUUUUAUUGUUCACUCGUACGGGGCUGUAGAGUUUUUAAGCCUGGCCGUCAUGUCGUACGACAGGUACCUGGCUAUCUGCCACCCUCUGCAGUACAACAGCAGGAUGACAACAACAAAGAUCUUCUGGCUCGUUGCUGUGAGCUGGUUGUAUCCCAGUUGUGCGAUGUUUGUCUCGUUGUCUCUGAUUUCCCCUUUGAAGCUUUGUGGGAACAGCAUCAACAAGGUCUACUGUGACAUGCACUUUGUGGUCAAACUGGCCUGUUCAGACACCGCUCUGAUCAACAUUUAUGGCCUCUGUGCUACUUUCAGCACGAUCCUUGCUGCUUUACUUAUAAAUCUUUACACCUACAUUAAGAUUUUUGUUGUGUGUUUUUCUGGAUCCAGUCAGACUCGACAGAGAGCCGUCAGCACCUGCACGCCUCACCUGGCCUCCAUUUUGAACUUUUCUUUUGGUUGCAGCUUUGAGGUUUCUCAGAGCAGAUUCAACAUGAGCUUCCUGCCCAACGUCCUGCGUAUUUUUCUCUCGUUGUACUUCCUAACGGUCCAGCCUCUCUUUAAUUCUGUGCUGUACGGCCUGAAAAUGUCAAAAAUUAAGAACGCUUGUCACAACCUGAUUCUGAAUGUAAAAACCAAACAUGAAUCUGACUAG